CAGCUUGCCAUGCUGCCACCGAGAGGCUGGAACUCCUACGAUUCCUUCUCGUGGACCAUCGACGAGGCCGCCUUCCUGCACAACGCACAGAUCAUGGCGGACAAGCUGCUCCCACAUGGAUACCAGUACGCCGUCAUAGACUUCCUCUGGUACCGGAAGAACGUCAACGGCUCGAGUACAAAUUCAUACGGCUUCGACAACAUCGACCAAUGGGGGCGUCCAUUUCCCGACCCCGACAGGUUCCCGUCGUCGAAAGGUGGCAAAGGGUUUAAGCAGAUCGCAGAUAAGGUCCACGCGAUGGGCUUGAAGUUUGGCAUCCAUUUGAUGAAUGGGAUCAACGCACAGGCAGUUAACGCCAGCACGCCCAUCCUCGACAUCGGCACGGGAAAUGCCUAUGUAGAGGACGGACGGCAAUGGACCGCGAGCGAUAUAGGCCUUACCCACAGAACUUGUGCUUGGAUGUCAAAGGGAUUUAUGAGCGUAAAUACAGACAUGGGAGCUGGACGAGCAUUCCUAAGGUCUCUAUAUAGACAGUAUGCUGAGUGGGGUGUCGAUUUCGUGAAGGUAGAUUGCAUCUUUGGCACAGACUACAGCCCAAAAGAGAUUGUGGCUGUUUCAGAGGUCUUGAAAGAACUUGAGAGACCAGUCGUCCUGUCCAUCUCACCGGGAACCAAAGUCACUCCAGCAUUGGCUGAGAACAUCACUCGGCAUGUUGACAUGUACAGGAUAACAGGGGAUGAUUGGGACAGCUGGAAAGAUGUUCUUCCGCAUUUCGACGUCGCAAGAUCCUUUGCUGACGCAAAAAAGAUAGGCGCCACUGGAUUGCAAGGAAGAUCUUGGCCAGAUUUAGACAUGCUUCCAUUUGGCAGGAUUACUAAUGCAGGUGUUAGGGAGGGCCCUCACAGAAGCACCAACCUCACAUUUGAUGAGCAAAGAACACAAAUGUUACUUUGGUCAAUGGCUAAGUCUCCUCUCAUGUAUGGAGGCGACUUAAGGCAUCUUGAUGAUGAUACAUUCAAUCUAAUUACCCAUCCUACUCUACUGAAGAUAAAUCACCAUAGUGAAAACAACAAGGAGUUUAAUUAUAUUCAAAGUGAAAGGACUUCAAAAUCCGACGAGAAGUUCAGUGGUUCGAAUUCGGUGGAACACACAAACAAUGAUGGGCUGGUUAUUGGUCUCAGUACCUGCAGCGAUGAGAGCGCCAGAGGAUGGCGUAGUUCCUCGGAAGACCAUAUUUGCAGAAGCUACAAAACCAAGAACGGCAAUGCCUCAUUUUGCAUAUCCAAAGCAAAACUUCUCCCAACAUCGGAUGGAAUUACCCUGAGCAAUGAAGAAAACCAAGCCAAAUUUCGUCUAGCAGGUAUUCACAAUGAUGCCGGUUGCUUGGAUGCAUCUGUCAGCCCCUGGCAAGCAAGCUCAGCGAGUCGGACUCCAAUGUUCUCGACCUGCGAAGGUCAUGCAAAGCAAGUUUGGGAGCUAACAGAGAAGGGACACCUUGUAAGCAGCUACUCAGGAUUAUGUGCUACAGUUGAGUCCAACAAGGAAGGAGAACGUAAAACAAGUGGAGCACAAGCAUGGAUCGCAACUGGAAACAAAGGAGAGAUCUACGUUGCCUUCUUCAACAUCGACACCGUGAGCCGAAAGAUCGCUGUAAGGGUGGCUGAUCUAGAGAAGAGUGUAGGGAUAAAGUUGACAAGGAAACACCUGUGCAGCUGCACUGAAGUCUGGAGCGGCAAGAGCCGGAGUCUCUUGAAAGGGGAUAUCUCAGCGGUUGUGAGCUCACAUGGCUCCAUGUUAUUUGAAAUACAGUGUUGA